UUCCCCUCCCAAUAAUUUAAAACGCGCACCCGCGCAACCAGUACGCCAAAAUCACUACUGCGUAGUGUUUCACCUGGAAGUAGAACUUCUUCAGCGCAAUAUCUUUCAGAGUUCCACCAGACGCCUCCGGAAGGCGUCUCGACGACUCUACUGCUUGUUUCAUUAAUUCUAAUUGCACCUCCACCAGAUCCAUCGUAAUUGAAUCACAAUCACCUGAUCGGCGCGGCUAAUUCACCAGACCACUAGGAAGAAGAGCGUGGGUCUGAGAAUCAAAAUGUCAGAAGCCGGCGCCCUUGUUACUCCGCCGGCAACGGAAGAACAGCCAGAGGACAACGAGGCAACACCAACGCACAUUCUUGGAGGAGACGACGGAGCCGCUGCUGCUGUGCCUGAUGAAGGAACAACUCCUGGCCAAGUGGAAGAUCGCUCCAGCCGAAAAAGCAAGGCGCAGGGAAAGGCUGAGAAAAGAGUAAGUAAUAAAGAGCGGCCUUCGGUGGAGGCUGAAGCCAGGAAGAAGCGCAGAGAAAAGAUGAAGCACGCAGGACAGGGCAUCAUACUGAGUAUCGUCCGGCACAUUGUGGACACCGAGGAUGCGGAACGGAACAAGUUCCAGCACCAGGAUAACAGGCAGAUAGCCAACAAGCGUCUGAAUAAUACAAGUGAAAAGGACGGGCCGCCCCUCCGCGAGAUAAUCUGCGGUCCGAAAGGCCAGAACGAUUCACAUUAUUUUCCGGUGAUCACACUCAUGCACACCAUGUUUUGCACCUUCAUGUGGAGUCUCUGCAUGCUGACGGACCGGAUCAAGGAAAGGCAGUACGAAAAGAUAGGGGCCGCGCCGGCGAAUGCCUUUAUUCAGCGAUAUCUGGGGGGUGCUGGAGGGUGCCGGGACCUCGCCUUCGAGUUGUACCAUAAUUCCCUGACGCAUUCCUUCGUAAUUCCCAACCCUGUCGCCUACUGCAUCGAAAUGCCGCUCUUCAUUGUCUGCGCCACCUUCGUCGAGAUGCGGUACCGGAGCAAAGUCUUGGGCAUGCUGCUACUGCUGUUCAAGGUGAUAGGUUUUUUGCUGACGUUUUUCGUGCGGGUCCACAACCGGGACUCGCUGUCGGGCGGCUUCCCGACCAUGCUGCAGCCACUGAUACUCUUUGUCUGCUGGAAGGAGCUCGGGGACCUGGUAUCAAAUGCAAAAAUGUCUGGGUCUGGAAAAUUUCUACAUUUGUCAUGCAUAUUUUCCAUGAGCCAUGAGGUCUGGAAUGCGAGACCCAGCAUGACAGAUUCUGUGAGAUCCCUACCAUGCCUAUCCUGCAUGAGAAACUCCCUGCCAACUUGGUCGAAAGUGGACAGCUUUUGGCACUUAUGCAACACAGAUUUUUGCAUAAUCCAGAAAUAGCAUGACAAGUUGCAACCUUCCAGACCCAGACACUUUUACAAUCCAUACCUGGUCUACGACUACAAUGUAUCGGAGGAGGACCUCGAUGCGAAGGCGGACGCGAAGGUUAUGGCGUUCUCAAACGUUACAUUCUCAACUGUUACAUGAUUUGUCAUGCAAAAUGAUCAUCAACAAGAUCCACACGAUCAAGCUGCUUCGCAUGACAAAUUUGCGAAUGGCUAAACAGCACCCAAAUCUGUUCGGAAUUUGUAAUGCUACAGAUGCAACCUCCCCCCUUUCACUUUUCCCAUUCUUGCAUGACAAAUCCAUGUAACACUGGAGAAUGUAACAGUUGAGAACGCCAUAAAGGUGCGGCAAAAAUUGGACCCCGAACUGCAGAAGAAGGGCAUUACGUACGACGUGCUGUACCAGAUGGGGCUCCCGGAGGACCACGCCACCGUGAAAAAGGACUGGCAGAAACGAUACUCGGAAUUGCACGCGGCGCGCCGGCGCGCGGGCUUUUUCCAAAACCGGCGCGACCAAUGGGAGCAGUACGGACUGUGGAUCCCGAAGCUGAUGGGAUUCAUGCUCGGCGUGGUGUUCCCGCUGCUCACCUGCGUGCUCAUGAUUCUCUUUCAAGACGGGCUGCUGCGUGGCGGCCACGCCCACUACCUCACUUUCAUGGCCACGGGCUUCUUCUCCGCGUUUAUGGGACUCAUGCUGAUGACGACAAGGUUUGCCAUGUUUAAGAAGUUCGAGCACCGCCCGACCGAGGAGGCAGAAACUAAAAAAGAAAUAACUGCCGAAGGAGCCGAAAUGGCACCAUUGCUCGUGAACCAGAACGUUCCGGUGGACCUCGCCGAAACGGAUGACGAGGACGACUUUAUCGAGGGAGCCUUCUCCGCUAGUGCACAGGCUCGGAAUUCAGCCGUCACUAGCGUAGACGAAGACGGAGAAAUUGAGCAGAAAAAAUGGGAACUCCCCGAGAAAAUCUACGAUAGCGUGGAUUGGGAUAUCAUUGCGCAGCUACUCUACUCCUGUUACGCGCUCGCACUCAUGGUCUACGUAUGGAGUGUUUCAUUCAAGCGAAUUGCAACAGAGAAAGAUUUUUUUGGAGGUCCCGAGGCGCGCUCAUCAACAUCAAGUAGUACAACUUUUUCGCCGACCACGCCGUUGUAUGAGCGGGACCUGGAGCCAGCCCAGUUUUGAAGAUACACCAAACCCUGUAGUCAACUCAGAUCUUGUCCUCUAGCGUUUCUAGAUCCCCCCUCCCUCGCUUUUACAAAUUUUUUGAGCUGCACGAUUCCGAUUCGAUACGGUCGAGCAGGAGCAGUUCGUUGGACUUCCCCAGGCAAAUAAGUACCUGUAAUCUGUUUCGUCACUGGUUCCACCUGAUAAUUUUUUGCUCCCUGGCAGUUCUUGUAGUUGUUGAGGAAACAUCUCGAUUUUCAAUUUAGUAGGUUUCGGAGCACAGAUUUAGAUGAGAAGAGAAAUUCAAAACUCCAUUUACUUCUGUGGUGCACGUUGUAAAAUCCGAAGGCACGAUCACAUCAGAGGUUGCGUUACAACUUGCUGAUCGGUCGUCCCAGGUGUGAUCAUAGUUUUGGUCGUCUGUCGAUGUCUUGUCGUGUCCCUUGCGUGUUUCAGUUUCUUCUCGCUGCAGUGAUGAAUAUUCGGCGUCU